CAAUUUUGGCAUCUUUUUAUUUGUCUCCAGACUAUUUCCUUCCUCUAUCUUUCCACCACUUUUAAAGUUGUGCAGCGAUGUAUCUUUGAUAGUGUACAAGAUGUUUCACAUUUAUUUUUUUAUGGAAUACAAGAUGUUUCCUUGCAUCCCCGUGUAUAAUAUGAUAAGUGGGUUGUCAUGAUUAUUACUUGUCAUAAUCGCUUUGUCACGCUUCGAUAUGUUUAUAUGUAGCCCGUGCUAAAAGGAGGAUGAAGAGUUUAUAGGUGGACUUUGGAGAAGAUCACCAAAUUUUGUCUUCCUCCUCCUCCUGUUCUGUCUUUUUUCUUGAGAAAAUAAUUUAAGACAAGAAGAGUUAUAUCUGAUUUCAAGAAGAGAAGCCAUCAUGUGGAUAACACGCACUCUGAAUCCUGCUCUGGCAUGCAAAUUGGCGAAGGUUUUAAAUAGAUUUGGAGGGCCCCUUUCUACGCCUGGAAGCUGCUCUUUGUUUGCUUCACGGUCUGCAUCUUCCUUCCAGCAUGCAUGCACGCUUGACUCGGACAGGAGUGAUGAAGACAAUGCUGAUAUCAAUUGGGAUGACCUUGGAUUUGGUCUUGUUCCAACUGACUACAUGUACGUCAUGAAAUGUUCUCGAGACGACACAUUUUCAUAUGGAGAACUCAACCGAUAUGGGAACAUUGAGCUGAGCCCAUCUUCUGGAGUCCUAAAUUAUGGACAGGCUCUCUUUGAAGGUCUAAAAGCAUACAGGAAAGGAGAUGGUUGUGGUUUCUUGCUCUUCAGGCCAGAGGAGAAUGCACGGCGAAUGCAGAUGGGAGCUAAGAGGAUGUGCAUGCCAUCUCCGUCUGUUGAUCUAUUUGUUAAUGCUGUGAAGCAAACAGUAUUGGCGAACAAGCGCUGGGUGCCACCUCAGGGAAAAGGGUCCCUCUAUCUCAGGCCUCUGCUCAUGGGGAGUGGGCCUGUAUUGGGUUUGGCUCCAGCACCUGAGUACAUGUUCUUAGUUUAUGCUUCACCUGUGGGAACUUAUUUCAAGGAGGGUUUGGCACCAAUACACUUAGUCAUAGAGGAUGAAAUCCAUCGUGCCACUCCCGGUGGGACUGGUGGUGUGAAAACAAUUACCAAUUAUGCUCCGGUUUUGAAGGCACAGGUGCAGGCUAAGGCAAAGGGAUUUACAGAUGUUCUAUUUCUUGAUUCUACGCAGAAAAGAUAUUUGGAGGAGGCCUCUUCUUGCAAUCUAUUCAUUAUUAAGGAUAAUGUCAUCUCAACACCACUUACAAGGGGAACCAUCCUCGCUGGGAUCACACGCAAGAGCAUCAUGGAAAUUGCUCGGGAUUAUGGGUACCAGGUUGAGGAACGGCUCGUAUCUGUUGAGGAUCUGAUUGAUGCAGAUGAAGUAUUUUGCACUGGAACUGCUGUGGUUGUUGCUCCUGUAGGCAGCAUCACUUAUCAAGGCAAAAGGUAUGCAUAUAAGACUGGAGUUGAAACAGUGUCUCAGCAGCUAUACAAUGCCCUUACAGCCAUCCAGAUGGGCCUUGUGGAAGACAAGAAAGGUUGGACAGUUGAAAUUGAUUGAGGUUCUGAUGCUCUCUGUACAUCAACCUAUGUAAAUUAAGCGAUGAAUAAGCAAGCAUUACGUUGUACAUAUGCAUCUAUCAGUUUGCUGCCAUACUCUAAUGUAAAUUCCUCUCUCUCCAUCCUUUCCCCCUCAUUUUGGAGAACAAAUAAAAUGCGUCCAUUGUUAGAAUUUAUAUGCUGAUACCUGUAAGUGCUGAGCAUUGAAAACAAUAUUCCUGCUUGACUUAUAUGAUAAUGAUUUUUAUUGCCCA